AUGACGGAUCAUUCAUUAACUCCGCAAGUCAACCCAAUCAAUGGCGAACUCUUGGCUGCCAAUGCUGCUCUACAGGCAGAAAACCAACAAAUGGCCGAACUGUUAGCAGCAAUGCAGAACAACGGCAAAGAAAAGAACGAUAAUAAAAAAGUCAAUAACAACCUCCACGAGGAACACCAAUCAGAUUCGAACGUGAAAACAGGAGAAAUACCUCCCAAAAUAGAAAGACGACGGACUGGCCCUUUUUCUAAAGAAAUAGUGAAUUUUAAAAUGCCUAAGAAUUUUACACUCCUAAUGACUUUGACACCGUACAAGGAGAUCGGAGAUCCUAAAGUUCAUGUCACAAAAUUCGAAUAUAUGAUGUUUCUCAAUAGUGAAUCCGAUUCCAUCUUGUGCCGAUCUUUCCCCACUUUUUUAGAUGGAGCUGCUUUAUUAUGGUUUUGUAAUUUACCUGUAGGUUCGAUAUCCAGCUUCGACGAAUUUGCCAAAUUGUUCAUAAACCACUUCGCAGCAUCCAAAAUCUACGUGCGAGAUUCAGACUAUCUCAGUACGAUCAAGCAAGGACAAUACGAGAGUCUAAAAGACUACAUGACGCGCUUCACAAUAGUGGCCAUGGAAAUCCCAGACCUCAAUCCAGAGGUACAGCUACAUGCAAUAAAGAGUGGCCUCCGACCUGGAAAAUUCCAGGAAGUAAUAGCAGUUGCAAAGUCGAAGACAUUGGAAGAAUUUAGGGACAAAGAAAAUGGAAAAAUUGAAAUUGAAGAAUUAUGUGAAACUUGGAGAAAUGAAAGACCAUCAUCUCGAAAGGAAGAGGAGAAACUUCCCAGGUCUCAAAGCAAGGAUUUCAAAAAGCCUUUCAAGUUGACACCAAAGUUUGAUUCAUACACCAAGUUCAACACCAAAAAAGAGGACAUCAUCAAAGAAAUACUACACAACAAAUUAAUAAAACCACCGAAAAAAGCAAGCAUAUAUCAAGAUCAAAAGUAUGUAGACAAAAGCAAACAUUGCGCAUUUCACCAGAAGUAUGGCCAUACCACUGACGAAUGCAUAGUAGCCAAAGACUUGUUGGAGAGACUAGCAAGACAAGGCCUAGUAGAUAAAUAUGUCACUUCCAGAAGCCAGAAGGAAGCAACCAAAGACACUGACAAACCGAGCUAUAACUCUGAUCAUAAGGAAAAAGGAGCUUAG